GCCAGCCACUGAGGCACCAGUCCAAGCCUGUUCCUCAGAGGUGGGACAGGCCCUGGAAGGUUCUGGAUGUCAUCAGAGGCUGAGGCUGUCCUGGACACUCGGCCUUACUAGCAGCUAAGAGAACAGAGAGACAAGUGAAUUAAAUCUUCUGAGCACAGGAAGAAGAUUUGCUGACACGUGCUAUUGGGAACACGGAUUCUGAAAUUUAUAAAUCCUGAAGAGGAAACACAGCUGGGGACACAUCAUCUUCCUCUGGGUACCAUCCCAAUGUACCGAGGAUUGGAGAGCCUGUAACUGGGUGAGGGCUACAAGGAAGCAGUAAUAACAGAUCUGGAUAGCUCUCGUGGAUUCAAAGUUUUCCCAUGGCUUCUUUUCACAUCCGCCUGUUCCAGGAGAGGGACUACAAACAGGUCGUGGACAUUUUCUCCAGGGGCAUGGAGGAGCACAUCCCCGUUGCCUUCCAUCACCUGCUGACGCUGCCCCGAACCCUCCUGCUCUUAGUUGGGGUGCCCCUUGCCAUAGUCCUGGUGUCUGGCUCCUGGCUCCUGGUUGUCGUAUGCAUCUUCUUUCUGCUCCUAUUCUUGUGGUUCCUUGCUAGCAAACCCUGGAAGAAUUAUGUGUCCACAUGUUUGCACACAGACAUGGCUGACAUCACCAAGUCCUACCUGAGUGUUCGUGGCUCAGGUUUCUGGGUGGCUGAGUCUGUGGGGCAGGUGGUGGGUACAGUGGCUGCCCUGCCAGCCAAGAAUCCCCCGUUAGGAAGGAAGCAGCUGGAGCUCUUUCGCCUGUCUGUGUCCUCACAGCAUCGAGGACAGGGGAUAGCGAAAGCGCUGGUCAGAACUGUCCUCCAGUUUGCACGGGACCAGGGCUACACUGAUGUUGUCCUUACUACUGGCCUUUUGCAGCACGGUGCUGUGACCCUUUACUAUAGCAUGGGCUUCCAGAAGACAGGUGAAUCCUUCUUGAACAUCCUCAUGUGGCUUACAGAUGUUUCUCUAAUUCAUUUCAUAUACCCACUCCCUUCUGCUCAGGAACAUGAGCUGUGAUCUUCUUUCUCUCUCAAUCUGUCAGCCUCCAGUUCACUGUGCUGUGGGAAAAAGUAACCCUGAUAUUGUAGGGGACAAAUCAUAAAACUGCCUUUGUUGUUUUCAUCACA